UGGAGACGACGAGAGUCAAUGGGGGCAAAGAGGAAUAGAGGUACUCCUAAAAGAACUUGGCUGAAGCUAUUAAGAAGAAUAUGAUGACUGUUAACUCAACAGAGGAGAUGACCCAUAAUACAACUGAAUCGAGGAUGCUCUAAUAUUCUUACCUUCUCGAAAGUUUAGAGGUCAUCGGAAGACAAGAUCUUAACUUCUCGCGGAGUUUCUUAUAUUGCAAUGGCUUUAUCCGCUUUAUCAGCUUGUAUUAUGGAUGAUAAUCUGUCUGGGCUGAGAUCAUCGGGAAGUUCCUUUUCCAAAUAUUACGGGGGACACUACGAAACAUGCUCUCCUUCAAGUAUUAAAUGUAAACACUUGUCUUCUGUCGGUCCCUUACGAACGUUUCAUUCAACGAAUUCUAUAUACAGAAGUGGAAUUAAAUGCCAUUCUGUCACUGAAAAAAGAUUUCCCUACUCGGCGGGCAAAAAAUUUGGACUUGACAAUGUUAUUGAAGCUCAACAAUUUGAUAGGGACAUUUUAAAUGAAAUAUUCAAAGUCGCUUGUGAAAUGGAAUCGAUUGAAAAGAAUUCAUCUGGGAGCAAAAUGUUAAGGGGUUUUCUUAUGGCCACUUUAUUUUAUGAGCCCUCAACUCGUACUAGACUAUCCUUUGAGUCGGCCAUGAAAAGAUUGGGUGGAGAAGUGUUGACAACCGAGAAUGCAAGAGAGUUUUCUUCAGCAGCUAAAGGAGAAACUCUUGAAGAUACUAUAAGGACUGUCGAAGGGUACUCAGAUAUAAUUGUUAUGAGGCACUUUGAAAGUGGAGCUGCAAGAAGAGCAGCUUCUACUGCUACUAUUCCUGUUAUUAAUGCUGGAGAUGGUCCAGGACAGCAUCCAACACAGGCCCUUUUGGAUGUCUACACCAUUGAAAGAGAAAUUGGCAGGUUGGACGGAAUUAGACUGGGCUUGGUUGGAGAUCUUGCUAAUGGCCGCACGGUUAGAUCGUUGGCUUAUCUAAUUGCCAAGUACCAAGACAUCAAGAUUUACUUUGUUUCUCCAGAUGUUGUAAAGAUGAAGGACGACAUUAAAGUUUACUUGACAUCACAAGGUGUGGAAUGGGAAGAAAGCACAGAUUUACUCCAAGUUGCUUCCAAGUGUGAUGUUAUAUACCAGACUAGAAUUCAGCGAGAAAGGUUUGGAGAGAGGAUAGAUCUUUAUGAAGCAGCUCGUGGCAAGUAUAUAGUCGACCAGAGAGUGCUCAGUGUGAUGCCAAAGCAUGCAGUUGUCAUGCAUCCUCUCCCAAGGCUUGAUGAAAUCACAGUGGAGGUAGACGCUGACCCUAGGGCUGCAUAUUUUCGUCAGGUCAAAAACGGGCUAUAUAUUAGGAUGGCUAUUUUGAAGCUCUUACUUUUAGGAUGGUAACAGUUUUUCUCCGACAUCCUUGAAUUCGAGGUGUAAUAAUGUUAUUAUACCUGCGUUUAUGAAAUUUGAUGGUACCAUGUAUUUGUAUUCUUCUUUUUUGAGGUUAGGCUAUCUACGAUCCUUCGGUAACUUACUUACAAGAUGAGAAACUCUUUAUGUAACAAACACAUGGUGAAUGCUCUGCAUCUUCACCCUGUAAUCUUCAAAAUAAUUAAGUAGUUUGAAAUGUUUUCUAAA